GCAGCAAACCAUCUCUAAAUAAUUUCACACCCAUCUUUUCCUCUCUUCCCAUCGAAGCUCUUGAGCUCUGCAACAAUGGCGGCAAAAAAACCUGAAUUCAUCCUCUUCCUAACCCUCAACUUUGUCGUCUUGCUAAGAUUUGCUGAAUCCGUCGUCCCACAACAAGAAGAGCAAGCUGUUGGAAACAUUCUUGCUGCAAUGAAUGCAACAAGUUGGAGGUUUAAUGGUGACAGUUGCAAUCUUGAAACCAUUUCUGAAGUGGCAAAGCCAACACAGGAAGCUAAUGCUAGCGUCGGAUGCGAUUGUACCGUUGGGAACGAUAGCGAUUGUCAUGUCGUAAGGAUCACACACAAGUUUUAUAGUCUUGAUGGGGUUCUUUCACCCGAACUAGCAAAGCUUCCCUACCUCCGGUCCUUUGAUGUUGCUUACAAUUACUUACAAGGCACGAUACCGCCAGAAUGGGGUCUAACACAGUUACAAGACAUCUCUCUUCUUGGCAACCGUUUAACCGGAGAAAUCCCACCAGAAUUGGGCAAUAUCACCACCCUAACAAAACUGGAUCUUGAAGCAAACCAGCUUUCAGGAACCGUUCCUCGUGAUUUGGGGAGAUUGAUCAAUUUGAAGUCUUUGAUCUUGUCCUCAAACCGGUUGACGGGAAGGCUGCCAACGGCCCUUGGUCAACUUGGAAAUCUAACAAAUUUUAGGAUAAACGAAAACAACUUCAAUGGGUUGAUACCUGAUUUUAUACAAAACUGGAGACUGCUCUCUAGAUUAGAGAUUAUGGCGAGUGGACUUGGCGGACCUAUUCCUUCAAACAUAUCUUUUCUCGAGAACCUAGUUGAUCUGAGAAUUAGUGACAUAACUGGACCGACACAGGGAUUUCCUCCACUCAACAAUGCUACGGGAUUAAUACGAUUGAUCUUGAGAAAUUGCAACCUUUCUGGAGAAUUACCGGCUUAUAUUUGGCAAGUGAGAGAACUUGAAUUGUUGGACACAAGUUUUAACCGCUUAGUAGGGAGAAUAUCUAACGACAUCCUCGGGAGAAGCUUGCGAUUAGUAUUUUUAACCGGUAACAUGCUAAGUGGUGACAUACCGGAUGCACUUUUGGUGAACGGGGCUAGUAUUGAUCUUUCUUACAACAAUUUGACAUGGCAAGGACCUAAUCAACCCACAUGCCGACAAAACACGAAUUGGUACGUAAACUUGUUCAGAAGCUCUUCAACAGGAAACCCGAUACAAGACGUGCUUCCGUGUGCUGAGGAUAUCGAGUGUCCGAGAUACACUUGUUCUUUACAUGUGAAUUGUGGCGGGGAUGAUUUGAUGGUUACACAAAGUAACGGGCAGUCGGUUCUUUAUGAAGGAGACGCCAAUGUUGAUGGUGGUGCCGCCAAAUUGUACGAAACCACCACCCGAAACUGGGGAUUUAGUAGCACCGGAGACUUCAUGGAUGACAACAUUUAUCAGAACACCCGAUACAUAGACUCUAUUCAGGGGAACACCACCUUACCGCCGCUAUAUACCACCGCCCGCCUCUCGCCGAUGACGCUCACUUACUUCAGCUAUUGUUUGGAAAACGGUGAAUAUGGUGUUGAUCUGCACUUUGCAGAAAUACAAUUCACUAACGAUAGCACGUAUAGAAAUCUUGGCCGGCGGAUAUUUGAUAUUUAUAUUCAGGGACGACUUGUUAGAAGGGACUUUAAUAUUGAAGACGAGGCCCAUGGGUUUGGAAGAUCGGUGGUCAUACCGUUCAAUGCUAGUGUGACUAAUAACAUACUGGAGAUACGGUUUUACUGGGCGGGUAAAGGGACGACGCGUUUUCCUAAAAGAGGAGUCUACGGACCUCUUGUAUCGGCUAUCGAUGUUAACCCUCAUUUUAAAACUUGUUCGGCUGGUGGAAAAAAGGCGAGCAAAGGUGUUUAUAUCGGUGUCGGGAUUGCUGUUCCUUGUCUUGUAUUGUUAAUCUUGGUCUUCCUAUGGCGGAAAAAAUGUUUUAGAGGCCGAAAAACGAACGAUAAAGAUUUCGAAGGAAUUGAGCUGAAAACGCUUUCGUUUUCCUUGAAACAAUUGAAAUCCGCUACAAACAACUUUAACGCUUCAAACAAAGUUGGGGAAGGAGGUUUCGGGGCCGUUUACAAGGGUACGUUGCCUGAUGGCACGGUCAUCGCGGUGAAGCAGCUUUCGUCUCAUUCGAAGCAGGGAAACCGUGAGUUCUUGAACGAGAUGGGUGUGAUUUCGUGUUUACAACAUCCGAAUCUUGUUAAACUCCAUGGAUGCUGCAUCGAAGGAGACCAAUUGUUGCUUGUUUACGAGUAUUUGGAAAACAAUAGCCUUGCAAAUGCAUUGUUUGAUUCGAAGAAAAGUAGAUUAAUGCUGGAUUGGCCCACGAGGUUCAAGAUAUGCAUCGGGAUCGCGAAAGGUUUAGCUUUUCUUCACGAUGAAUCGAGGCUCAAAAUUGUACACAGGGACAUCAAAGCUACGAAUGUGCUACUUGAUAAAGAUCUGAAUCCGAAAAUAUCGGACUUUGGAUUGGCCAGACUAAACGAGGACGAGAAGACUCACGUUAGCACCCGAGUAGCCGGAACAAUUGGAUACAUGGCACCCGAGUAUGCCCUCUGGGGUUACUUGAGCGACAAGGCGGAUGUUUACAGCUUCGGAGUCGUGGUGUUAGAAAUCGUUAGUGGCAAGAACAACAACAGUUACAUUCCGACCAACGAUUGCAUUUGUCUUCUAGACUGGGCUUGUCGAUUGGAAACAAGUAAACAAUACGAAGAGCUUUUUGACGAGAGAUUGGAGUCGAAGAUCAACAAAUUAGAAGCAGAAACCGUUGUGAAAGUAGCACUUCUGUGCACCAACGGAUCUCCGUCAGUGAGGCCGACGAUGUCGGAAGUAGUAAAUAUGCUCGAGGGAAAAACUUGUGUACCUGAAAUAGUUCCGGCAGCAAGCGGUUACUCCGAAGAUCUGAGGUUCAGAGCCAUGAGAGACUUUCGAAAUCAGAUGCAAGGUGAAGGAAGCCAGAAAGAAGGUCAAACUGAGAACUCUAAUACGAAUCGUACAGAUACAAAUUGCUCUUUGACAUCGUCUGAUGAUGCUUUUGAGAUUCAUUCCGUUGAUACCAGAUCCUAUUGAAGAUUCAGGUUCGUUUUUUAGUUGAACAUACGUUGAUUGAUAGCAUUUAGGGUUUAGAACGGUGGCGCAGACACAACGAAUUCGAUCGGUUUGAAUUUGUGUGAAACAAACGGCCGGCUUGAAAAACUGCCAUUGAUGAUCCGUCGAGAAUGGAUACAUCGUUCUCUCCGGUGUCACCGUCUUUUUGGGGGAGGGCCGGAGGGGUUCCGAUUGCACAUGUUAAUUUUGUAUAAAUAUAUACAUAAUUUUGUUCUCAAUGCAUUUGUAUUCGUUACA